CUCGAAGCCGCAUUGCUCACCAAACAACCUCACAUUCUUCUCAAUAUAAUAUACUGCUGCUCUAGCUAUAUGCAUAGCUACCAUGUCCAAACCACCAUAUCUAAUGGGAGAUUCCAUGAUGAAAUCCUUCAAACCAAAAGAUCCUGCCCGUAAAGCUAAAAUUAUCACUUUCAUGGCCUCCGUCCUCUUCUUCUUCAUCUGCACCUCCAUCUUCUAUAUUCUGAACCGCUCUCCCAACACCCUCGCUGGUCUCUUCAGCAACAACAUCUUCUGGUUUUUCAUGUCCAACACUCUUAUCCUCAUCAUAGCUGCUGACUACGAAGCAUUCUCUUCUUCCAAGACCAAUCAAGAUCAUUACGAAGAUUAUGCAAGGCACCGCCAAGCCAGAAAUUAUAAUCAUUAUGUCACCUCAUCAUCAUACGGCGGUGUCCCCACCAACAAAUAUGAACCAGUUGAUGAAAAACCUUGUGUCGUCGUCCAUCCCAAGCAAGAGCUGCUCCAGGAGAAGAUCAAAGAGGGUGUGCCUGACGAUCAGGGGGAGAGUGAAAUUGUUCCAGAACGUGUGCUGGAAAUUGUGCCACAAAAUAACCUUAAGAAGCUAUCAUCAUCGAGUGAGGAAAAAACAGUACAAGAUGAUGGUAAUAAUAAUAAAGCCUGUGAGGCAAAAACAUUAUUCCCAGUUGGAAGAGCUGUGUGGAUAAGUAAAGCAGAUAGGUAUAAUGGACAUGUUAAACGAGUGGUGACUGAUGAGAGAAAGAACAGAGUGAGAAGAGCAGAGACGAUGAAGGUGGAAGAAGCAAGAGUAGAAGAAGAGAAUAAUGAGUUCUCGAGCAUGUCAAACGAGGAGCUAAAUAGAAGAGUGGAGGAGUUUAUUCAGACAUUCAACAGGCAGAUUAGGCUUCAAGCAGCUAGAAAUAACAUUGUCCAUGAAGCUUAUUGAUCGGAAGAUCUUCAAAAUGUUAGCUAGAAUUAAUCAUGUAAGAGAAGCUAGGAAUAUAGUAUGAUGUUCCAAGAUUUUUGCCGUCCUUUUGCUCUUGUAAUUUUAUUGUAUGUGUUGUCCUUUGGCUGAAUAAUAUAGUUGAUAUGUUUUGGACGUUA